GAGCAGAGACGAGCAACUGGCUUGGCUAGGAGUAAUCGUACUGUACUAGUCUGUAGGCCAGUAGCAGUAGGGGGUGCAGCCUGGUCGUCCUCGUCUUCCCUGGCCUCCCUCCCUCCCACAGUCCCACUUGAGCUGGAAGCUGUUGCUGUUGAGCAAUCGAGCAGAGCAGCAGCAGCUGAUCCUCUCCUCUCCUCUCCUCUCCUCUGAGCUGCUGCUGCUGAGCUGAGCUGAGAGCUCGCAACCACAACCACAACCACAACCAGAUCCGAUCGCCAAAUACUCACUCGGCGGGGGCCUGCUCUGCUCCUCCUCUACACUUGAGACUAAUAAAUCUUGCCGCCGCCGCCGCCGCCGCCGUUGCCGUGCAGCUCCAACCCUGGCUUCACCUAUGGAUUCCUCCGCCGCUCGGCCCGACGAGGAGGAGGCACGCCGCCGCCGGAGCACCGACUGCAUCUACUUCCUCGCCUCCCCGUUGACCUGCAAAAAGGGAAGCGAAUGCGACUACCGUCACAGCGAUGCUGCCAGGAUGAAUCCCAGGGACUGCUGGUAUUGGUUCCAUGGCAACUGUGCCAAUCCUAAAUGCUCAUUCAGGCACCCGCCAUUAGACAACCUGGCUGGAGCACCAACAAUUCCACGCCCAGCUCAACAGCCUGUGCCCCAAGCUUCAGCCUCUGUUCCAGCUCAACCACAUGGAUCUGCUGUUCCUGCCAUUGCCAAGCAGGCUGUUCCAUGUUAUUACUUUCAGAAGGGCAUGUGCACAAAAGGGGACAGGUGUACCUUCCUGCAUGCGCCCCAGUCUGGUGAAAAGCCUGCUGCACAGCCGCCGGCCAAGGUCUUCACCCCUGCCUUGCAUCUUAAUCCUCCAUUGAAGAACUCGUGGACAAAACCCAACUCUUCAUCCCAACAGAGCACGCCUGCAGUAGGCGUAGUUGACAAGCCAAAGGCCAGCGCUCAUGAUGGUAAACCACUGCUUCAUCACAAGCAAAGUCUGACGACGAGUAGGGCUGAUCAUCCAUCAAGAGUUUAUCAGAAUCACAGUAAUUCUUACGCACAGCCCGGUGCACUAAAGCGUUACCAGCCUCAGCCUUCAGUCCAGGAUGGCGUAACUGACAACGGUAUGGAGGCGGGCGAAUUUGUGACAGACCCAUCCGCUGGUUCUGGCAUGAUUGUCGGUGCUGCUGAAGACGACGCUCAACAGUCAUUCAAGGGAAACAAUACCACUUACAACCAUCGUGCUAAUGGUACUGGAGGGAUGACGAGGCAAACACAUGGUGGAUAUGAAUCAGAAAGGCCAUACAGAAAUUCAGCAGAGAGAUCUUCAUCAGAGAAAAGGAUUACCCAGAGAGAACAUAUCCCUGCUGUGGUUGCUGGUAGUUCGGAUCUGCGCCAUAGGCUACUGAAGCAAAGAAAGCUCAAUAAUAAUUCAAGAUCGAUUGAAGCCCCUGGUAGGCACGACACACAUCUUGAGGAUGAGCGCAAUGGCCAACAUCGUUCGCGAGGUGAACAGCAGGAUGGCCUCUCACGGUCUCGACUACGUGAUAGAAUAAGACUACCUGGAGAGACAUCGUUUGACAGGCUUGGGUCACGGUCAGAGGAGUGGGAUAGAGGGUCUAGAGCCAGGUUGUCGCCACCAAAACCCUCAGACCUUCGAGGGAGGCUUCAUGAAAGGCUAAAGGCUAGAUCAGCUGAGGAGAUACAGGGUAACAGUGCAAAAGAUUUGGUGGUGAAGGAAAAUAGCAGUGAGGAUACUGAAUCACUGAACUUUGCUGGUCCAAAGAGCCUUGCAGAGUUGAAGGCAAAGAAAGGUGUUGGCAGGUCAGGAGAAGAUGCCAUCGUCAAGGGACUAGGCUCUUCUCGUGUGACUUCAGAAAUAGUUUCGAGCAGGGAGGCUGCUCCAUUUGAAGGUCCAAAGCCCCUGAGUACCAUACUGAAGAGAAAAAGAGAGGCGGCUUCUGAAAUCCCCGCUGCCCAGCCUGGCAUCAUACAAGAAGCAGAUAACUACGCUGCAGGAGUGGAAGAAGAAUUCCAAAGCGUAGCACAUGACACGGUUGGGGAGAACAUGGAGGGCAUUGGAGAAGAAGAAGAGGAAGAGGAAGCCUUCCAUCCUGAAGAUGAUGUGGCAUACGACGACAAUGCAGAUGAAGCUGCAGCAGCCCAAGAGCUGGACGAGUAUCAAGACACAGAGGCGGCAGCAGAAGGCAAUGCCGAUGAAGCUGCAGUGGCCCAAGAGCUGGAUGAGUAUCAAGAUGCAGAGGCGGCAGCAGAAGACUAUGACGAUGAAGCUGCAGGAGCCCAAGAGCUGCAGGAGCAUCAAGACGGAGAGGCAGCAGAAGAAGACUAUGACUAUGAGGUGGCGGACAUCAACGCUGAGGAGGAGAAUGACUACCAGGAAUACCAAGACGACGACGACAAUUUAGAGGAUGAGGAUGAUGACUUCGCGCGAAAAGUGAGCGUGAUGAUCUCCUGAAAGAGCUGGAUAAGCAAGUUGUAUGAAGUAUCAGUGGUUCUCACAAGGUGUUCAUCUCUUUUGGCGCGAGGUACUUUUUAGUUCACUGCGCAAAAGACAUAGACUAAUAUAGUUGGGAGAACAGAGAUAGAAGAAUGGACAUUGUUGAGAAAAUGAGCUCCUCCAUCGGAGAGCUCGCUUGUUGUAACAACCAAACCAAGCAGAGGCAGCCACCGACCUGUCUGUCUGUACUCGUGCAAAUGUGCCGGGGCUCCUCUCUGCUGUGUUGUAUUUUAGUUGACAUGAGACCUAACAGAUUUCAUACUGUAUCUGUAUUUGCUUUUUUGAUGCAUAAGAUGAAAAUAUAUUGCUGGUAGAGAAUA